ACAUGCGCAUCAGUGCAGUUUGUCUGAAGGAAUUUAGGGAGAGUUCGUAAAUAUUUAGAGGGUUCCCAUCGAUCCCAUCUCGAUAGGAGAUUUAUCCAACUCCUGUCCUGCGAUCAAAAUCCAUCCCAGAGCGUAGAGCUUAAAGCAACAGGAGGGGCAGCAAACUUGGACACCAGCAAGAUGGCAGACAUGUCUGUGGAAGAGAUCACAUUGAGAGCCAACCAAGUGACAGAUGAGUCACUUGAAAGUACAAGGCGGAUGCUACAGUUGGCUGAAGAGAGCCAGGAGACGGGUGUUAAAACAAUGACCAUGUUGGAUGAGCAAGGAGAGCAACUAAUGCGUGUUAAUCAAGGAAUGGACCAGAUCAAUCAGGACAUGAGACAGGCCGAGAAGAACCUGACUGAUCUGUCCAAAUGCUGUGGUCUGUGUGUGUGCCCAUGUGACAGAGUGACUUCCAUUGAGCAUGACGGACGGUAUAAGCGGACUUGGGCCACAGGCAGUGACAACUCCAGCACAAAGGGAAAAGAGGGGGGUGUAGUGUCUAGCCAACCCACAGCCAUCCACAAUGGACAGGCUGUUUCUGGUGGCCCCUAUAUCAAGAAAGUAACUAAUGAUGCACGAGAAGAUGAGAUGGAGGAGAAUCUGGAUCAGGUGGGCAGCAUCAUCGGGAAUCUAAAGAAUUUGGCAAUGGACAUGGGCAAUGAGAUAGAUAAACAGAACAAGACCAUUGACCACAUCAAUGAUAAGGCUGAUAUGAAUAAAGCUCGCAUUGACGAAGCCAACCGACGAGCCAACAAACUUCUGUAGGGAAUGAACUGCAGCUAACAUCACUCAGGAGCCUGAUUAUGAUUUUCUUUUUACACACACUUUCUUCUUCACAGCAAAGAAUUGCGGCAAGGGAUUUUUUCAAGUGCCAUCUGUGCCUUUUUAUUGCAGUCUAGAUGUUCUUUUGUAAAUAGAGGUGUACACACCAAAACCUCCUGUACAAUCAAGUCUUCACCCCUGACUUUUGAGACAAAUAUGCUGGAUGCACAUAGUGCAGUUGUUUUUGAAGCUCUGCUCACUACUGUCCCCUCAAGUCUGUUAGGGGUGGAAUCUAAUCUCUGGGAGAUAGUGAUAGUUUUGUCCUUUUAUCUCGCUGCACUUGAGUCAACAUGGCUUAUAAUUUCAGUCAUUUGAAUUAGGGGCACAAGACUAGACAGAAUCUUUAAUGUCCUUAUAUGCUGCCCUUUUAGCCUUGAAUCUAUGUUUGGGCUAAUCCUAUAAUGUUUGGUUUUUAUGUAAUUGUUUUCUGUUCAGCUGAUUAUAUUCAUAAUGUGACUGAUUAUACUCAUAUUUAAUUCUCUUAAAACAUUAAUGGACCUUGUGAACACAAUUAGUCAUUUUCAAUAUUUUGGGGAAAAUGUAUGGUAGUGUCCUUUUAAUGACAAAAUUGACCAUGCUAUAUACAGCUCUGGAAAAAAUUAAGAGACCACUGGAAAAUUAUCAGUUUCUCUGGAUUUACUAUUUAGAGGUAAGUGUUUGAAUAUAAUGAAAAUAUUUAUUUGAUUCUGUAAAGUACUGACAACAUUUCUCCCAAAUAUAUAUAUUGUCAUGUAGAGCAUUUAUUUGCAGAACUGGUCAAAAUAACAAAAAAGAUGCAGUGUUUUCAGACCUUGAAUAAUGCAAAGAAAACGAGUUCAUAUUCAUUUUUAAACAACGCAAUACUAAUGUUUUAACUUAGGAAGAGUUCAGAAAUCAAUAUUUGGUGGAAUAACCCUGAUCUUUGGUGGAAUAACCCUGAUUUUCAAUCAACACGUUCAUGCAACUUGGCAUUUGGGAGAAAUGUUGUCAGUACUUUAUAGCAUAAAACAAAUAUGUAAAUAUUACUCAAACACAUACCUAUAAAUAGUAAAUCCAGAGAAACUGAUAAUUAUGCAGUGGUCUCUUAAUAUUUUCCAGAGCUGUAUGUAUAGGACAUUUCAAUAUAGCAAUUUUAUUUCUAAUAAAGCAAAUAUAAUACUU